CGCAGGCGCAGUGGGGCCGCCGCAGCUGCGCAGGGAAGCGUCGGAGGGUCGGGGCAGGUCCGGGGGUGCCGUCGGGAUGGACGAGGACGUGCUGACCACCCUCAAGAUCCUCAUCAUCGGCGAGAGCGGCGUCGGCAAGUCCAGCCUUCUGCUGCGGUUCACAGAUGAUACAUUCGACCCAGAACUUGCAGCAACAAUUGGUGUGGACUUCAAGGUGAAAACUAUUUCAGUUGAUGGAAACAAAGCUAAACUGGCAAUAUGGGAUACUGCAGGUCAGGAGCGGUUCAGAACAUUAACGCCCAGUUACUACAGAGGUGCACAAGGUGUUAUCCUAGUUUAUGAUGUCACAAGAAGAGAUACUUUUGUCAAGCUGGAUAACUGGUUAAAUGAAUUGGAAACAUACUGCACAAGGAAUGACAUAGUGAAAAUGUUAGUUGGAAACAAGAUUGAUAAGGAAAACCAUGAAGUUGACAGAAAUGAAGGCCUCAAAUUUGCAAGAAAACAUUCCAUGUUGUUCAUAGAGGCAAGUGCAAAAACAUGUGAUGGAGUACAGUGUGCCUUUGAAGAACUUGUUGAAAAAAUCAUUCAGACUCCUGGACUGUGGGAAAGUGAAAGCCAAAACAGAGGUGUAAAGUUAUCAAACAAGGAAGAAGGAUAUGGAGGAGGAGGAGCAUGUGGUGGAUAUUGUUCUAUGUUAUAAACUUGGGGAAGCUUAUUCUUUGCAUAUUUAAACAGAUAGUGACAUCUUUCUGUACAUGAAGUCAUUAAAUGCUAUUUUUAGGGACCUUGCAGUUUGCACAUAUUUGUUUUGUAUCAUGGCAGUGAACACUUGUAGGAGAAAUGUUCUGCAGCUUUCCCAGUUUGAAAAUGUUAUGAUAAGCAUGCCCGAUUUGCAAUCUUCAGGUUUUUAUAAGUAGCAUAAAUAACGUGCAAGAAAAAAUGCACUAAAAAUUUUACAACUGUAUACAUUAAUUGUGUAAUAUUCUAAACAAAUCCAUCUAACAAACACAUUACUGCAUUGUCUGCUCUGUCUUAUUUUUAAAUUCUGUUGAAAUUAUAGAACUAUAUAGUGUGCACAGAUCUUGCAAACAGUGUGAGCUAUAAAUGUUACAUUUCAUUUCUUCUAGUAAAUGCUUUUUUUAUGGUAUUGAAACCAGCAGGAUUAUACAGUUUUUAGACAAACCUGCUAAACUUUCAGCAGAGCUGUCUAAAAUACAAAUUGGCACAGGCCAUAGGUAUCGGCACCUUCUUGAAGAAAUGCUUUGAAAGCUUCCUUUGCAAAGCUGGAGAACGCCAUGUUUUCCUUUUAAUCAUCACUUCAGUUGAUGGCUUAACUGGAGUUUUAAUCCUGUGAUAUUUAUAUGCUAAAUUUGUGGUACUCUUGCAUUCUAGUUUUUUAUGAUGCGUUCUGCUCUAGACUCGCUGCAGAAAGUCUUCAUUACUGGCAAGGGGUCUGAGUGAUAUCUUUGUUCUUUCAUUGUGAAUCAAUUUGCCACACUUCAGUAUGGAUUCCUAAUUUCUGAAAUGUUUGUAAUAUAAGUUUAUCUCAACUGUAGCUCACUGUGGCUGUGAGAUCUCUAUCACGUCUGCUUUGUGCAGCUACUUGUUCAGAAAUAAAACUUCCUGUCACAGACACUAAAUGGGAAGCUGUAGGGCUUCUUGAUCUCUGUAUGAAAAAAUACUAUUGCAAUGAGUAUUCACUUGAAUUUACUGUAUCAAAGCCAAUGGUUUGUUUCAGAAGACUUGUAUAGACUUAAUAAAUUUUUUUCCACAGUA